CCCGGCAGUUUUGAUAUAAGCCGAUCCCUCGUGCUUCGUUCUCACAGUCUUCAACCGGCAAUCGAGCGAAAUACAUCGCAGCGACUCCCAGGCGAAUUCUCUCCACGAGGCAAAAGAUAGUUUUGUUACGCUAUUUCCUGAAUCUUCUAAUUGAAAUUGAAGAUGCCAGAAGAAGUUAAAAUGGAAACUGAGGCUGAGACCUUCGCAUUCCAGGCUGAGAUUGCUCAGCUUAUGAGUUUGAUCAUCAAUACCUUCUAUUCCAACAAAGAGAUUUUCUUACGUGAGUUGAUCUCAAACUCCUCUGAUGCUCUGGAUAAAAUCCGCUAUGAGUCUUUGACCGACCCAAGCAAGUUGGACAGUGGAAAAGAUCUUGAGAUUAGGAUCAUUCCAAACAAAAAUGAUCGUACUCUGACCCUCUGUGACACUGGUAUUGGCAUGACCAAGGCUGAUUUGGUCAAUAACUUGGGUACUAUUGCUAAGUCUGGAACUAAAGCCUUUAUGGAAGCACUCUCGGCUGGAGCAGAUAUUUCCAUGAUUGGCCAGUUUGGUGUGGGUUUCUACUCGGCUUACCUGGUUGCUGAUAAAGUCACAGUUCACUCAAAGCACAAUGAUGAUGAGCAGUAUGUUUGGGAGUCUUCAGCUGGUGGAUCCUUCACAAUCAAACCUGACCAUGGAGAACCCAUGGGCAGAGGUACCAAGAUUGUUUUGCACUUGAAGGAGGAUCAAAUGGACUACUUGGAAGAGAAGAAAAUCAAGGAGGUGGUGAAGAAGCACUCACAGUUUAUUGGGUAUCCGAUUAAGCUGUUGGUUGAGAAGGAACGCGACAAGGAAGUCAGCGAUGAUGAGGCUGAAGAAGAGGAGAAGAAAGAUGAGACCGAGGAAGAGAAACCAAAGGUAGAGGAUGUUGGCGAAGAUGAAGAAGCUGAUAAAGAGACAGACAAGAAGAAAAAGAAGACUAUUAAGGAGAAGUAUUCGGUCGACGAAGAACUCAACAAGACCAAGCCGAUCUGGACUCGUAAUCCCGACGACAUUAGUCAAGAGGAAUAUGGCGAGUUCUACAAAUCUUUGACGAAUGAUUGGGAAGAUCACCUUGCCGUCAAGCACUUCUCCAUCGAAGGUCAACUUGAAUUCCGCGCCCUUCUUUUCGUCCCGCGUCGCGCUCCUUUCGAUCUCUUCGAAAACCGCAAACAGAAGAAUCACAUUAAAUUGUACGUCCGCCGUGUAUUUAUUAUGGACAACUGCGAAGAACUCAUUCCCGAGUACCUCAAUUUCAUGAAGGGUGUUGUCGAUUCCGAGGAUCUCCCCUUGAACAUCUCUCGAGAAAUGCUUCAGCAAAACAAAAUUCUUAAGGUCAUCCGCAAGAAUUUGGUUAAAAAAUGCAUGGAACUUUUCGAAGAGUUGGCCGAGGACAAGGAAAACUUCAAGAAAUUCUACGAGCAAUUCAGCAAGAACUUAAAGUUGGGAGUUCAUGAAGAUUCCACCAACCGCAAGAAGAUUGCUGAUCUUCUCCGUUACCACACUUCAGCUUCUGGGGAAGACCAAGUUUCUUUCAAGGAAUACGUUUCACGUAUGAAGGAGAACCAGAAGCAUAUCUACUACAUCACUGGUGAGAAUAGGGAUCAAGUCAGCAACUCGUCUUUUGUUGAGCGUGUCAAGAAGCGCGGUUUGGAGGUUAUUUUCAUGACCGAGCCCAUUGAUGAGUACGUCGUCCAGCAGCUGAAGGAAUAUGACGGAAAGCAGCUCGUCUCCGUUACUAAGGAGGGUCUGGAACUCCCUGAAGAUGACGAGGAGACCAAAAAGCGAGAGAGCGACAAGGCUAAAUUUGAGGGACUCUGCAAAAUCAUGAAGGAUAUCCUUGACAAGCGCGUGGAGAAGGUUGUCAUCUCCAACCGUCUCGUUGAGUCUCCCUGCUGCAUUGUCACAUCGCAGUAUGGUUGGACUGCUAACAUGGAGCGUAUCAUGAAGGCCCAGGCUUUGAGAGAUACCUCUACCAUGGGUUACAUGGCGGCCAAGAAACACCUGGAAAUCAACCCUGACCAUCCCAUUGUCGAAUCCCUCCGCGUCAAAGCUGAGGCUGAUAAGAACGACAAGGCCGUCAAGGAUUUGGUAAUGCUGCUGUUUGAGACCUCUCUUUUGUCAUCUGGUUUCUCGUUGGAGGAGCCAGCUGUGCACGCUUCCCGCAUUUACCGCAUGAUCAAAUUGGGCUUGGGCCUUGACGAAGAUGAUGUUCCUACUGGCGGUGAAGAAGCUAAAGCAGAAGAAGAGAUGCCUCCCUUGGAGAAUGACGAAGAAGAUGCAUCUCGCAUGGAGGAAGUCGAUUAAAUAUGUGGAUUUCAGUUUUAACCCAUUCAAUUAAGUUUCUCUCAACCAUGGUUCAUAAUUCAGCGUUUUUUUUGCGAACUGGAGUGAGGACGUUCAUCUGUAAAACUAGUCUUAUUGUCUAAUAUUAUGGCUUCAUUUCAUUACGUUGUCCACUCAUUCCUGGUAUUGUAUAACUACGUGCUAAGUAUUGGAAAUUCAAUACAAUUAAUCGCGGUUUGCUAUGAAA